AUGAACACCUACAGACUGAGAACAAUGUGGCUGCCCCUGCUUGUGUGCCAGCUUUGCCUGUUUCUGCGGAGUGAGGCCCAGACACCCAGCACUUUUUGCAACAUGCACUCAACAUUCAGACCACCAGUGAACUCGGACAUCACAGUGACCUGUGGUACUGAGAUAACCAAUGAAGUUGGUACUGGGUUAUUUUCUGACUUCUCAAAUGUCCAGUUUGUUAAUAUAUCUGGCACCAUCAACUCGCUGGACACCAGUGCAUCUAUUGUCACCUACCGCCGGCAGAUCAUCUACAUGUUCUCCUGUCGCUACCCUCUGCAGUAUCUGGUCAACAGCAGUAAAGUCACAGUAUCGGGUGUGAGUCUUGCAGUGAGGGACAAUGACGGCAGCUUUGUCAGUACACUGAGCAUGUGGCUCUACAGUGACACUGACUACACUCAGCAACUCAUUGUCCCAGAGAAUGGAAUAAAUCUGAAGACCAGAAUCUUUGUGGGGGUGAAAGCCACCAGUCUAACAGAGAGGUUCCACGUUCUGCUUGACCGAUGCUAUGCAACAACAAGUCCCGUUCCCAACAACAGCACCUACUAUGACCUCUUUGUUGGGUGUACACGUGAUAGAAAAACCAGGGUUGAGUUGAACGGAGCGUCUCAGAAUGCACACUUCUCCUUUGAGGCCUUCCGUUUCAUUGAACACAAGAACAUGACCAUCUCCACUUUCUACCUGCACUGUGUCACCCGACUCUGUGAGGUGUCCUCCUGCUCGUCCUUACUGCCCAACUGUUCAGGUUCCUCCAGGAGAAAGAGAGAAGCCCAGGGAUUGUGGCCAACGACCAGGCCACAAUCUCCUCCGGACCCAUCAAGACCAAAGUGGACGACGGUGCGGCCAUACUGUACCAGUGGUGCACCUGUUCCUUGUACACUCUGGGAGCCAGACAUGAGGCUAAGGUCCUUUGAGACGGUGAAGACGGACCGUCAGCUGCACUGCAGUGACACGCUGGCCCAGCUCUGUACCUCCCUCUGCUUCUCCAGUGUCAUGGAGUUCAUGAGCAACCAGCCCUGUCUCACUGACCACUUCUGUCAUCACCGGGGAACAAGAUUAUAA